GAUCAUUUCGUAGUAAGUUCCAGGUUUCUCUCGGCGUUCGUCGUGACCGGAAGAGCCUGCAGCAUGCUCAAGCGCGGGGAGGUCGUGAAGGACCGAUGGCGCAUCGAGGAGCGGCUGGGCAAAGGCACCUUCUGCGAGCUGCACCGGGCCUCCGACCUGACCCGCAAGUCCGAGGGGGCGGCGGUCAAAGUCGAGGUCCAGGGCAUGCAGCGCUCCGUCCUCAAGUGGGAGAACCAAGUGGUGGAAGACCUCCAGAGCUUAUCCUGCGUGCCGAGGCACUACCUUUUCGGGAAGCACGGAAACAAGGACGUGCUUGUCAUGGAGCUGCUCUCCGGGGAAGACAUGAGCGCGCUCAGGCACCGGCAGCCCAAAGCGAUCCCGGGUUCCCUGGCCAGCCAGCGCCCCGGCGGGCUGCCCCUGGGUGUGUGCUGCGACCUCGCUCUCCAGAUGCUCGAGUGCCUGAAGGGGGUGCACAGCUGCGGCUACCUUCACCGGGACGUGAAGCCGGCGAACUUCGUCCGCCGAAAAAAGAACGGGAAAGAGUUCGUCAUCAUCGACUUCGGCCUGGCAAAGCAGUUCAAGUCCGAGUCGGGUGGGAUGCGGCAGGAAAGAGAAAGGGCAGAGUUCCGAGGCACCAGCAUGUAUGCCUCUCUGGGAGCUCACGAGGAGAGGGACCAGAGCCGCAAGGACGACCUCGAGAGCCUGCUGUAUGUCUUCCUCGACCUCUACACCGGCAAGCUCCCGUGGGCUGAGCACGCCAGGAGAAAGGAGAAGAAGGAGACGACGGAGAUGAAGAGGCACUACUUUGACAGCAACUUCACGACCAACGACCUCGUGCGCACACACACCAUCAUGGUGGUGCAGCUGCUGAGGCAGUGCAAGUUUCUCCAAGAGCCCGACUACAAGAUGGUCGAGCGUGCGUUUCGGGACAUCCAGGCGAACCUAACGCAGGCGGAAAAAGACGAGGAGGAGGCGUUUUUGUGGGACACGCCUCCCCCGCCGCCUGGGCCCCCUCCGCCCGAAGACAUUCCGUCAUCCGGCGGCGGAGGCGGGGAUCGCUCAUCGCCGCUGGCCAAUAUCCCGUCCCCGCCGCCGCCGCCGCCGCCGCCGCCGCCGCCGCCGCCCCCCGGUGUCGCGCCGCCACCUCCGCCCCCGCCGCGGCUGCUACCUCCGGCUCACCCCGGCCCUCCCCCUAGGCCUCCGCAACUCUCGGGGUUGCCUCCGGCGUUGGAUGUGCCUGGGGCCGGGGGAGCGAGGUUUGUGCCCUUUCCGGUGCCGCCGCCACUACCGCCGCCGAUGAUCGCGGGGAUGAUCGGCAACGCGCCCCCGCCCCCUCCUUCGCCGGGCUUGCACCAACAGCAUCAGCAUCAGCAGCAGCAAGUCAGCGGGCAACUCGGUGGUGGUCCGCACAUGCCCGGCGGCGGCGGAGAGCCGCCCCCGCCCCCUCCACCCGCCGGCGGCAGCGGCGCCGCCAUGUUUUCGGCCCCGCCGCCGCCCCCGCCGCCGCCGGAGAUUGGCAGCGGCGCCGGCACCGGCAUAACCGGCGGUCCCGACCCCGGAGAGGGUGGAACGCGGAACGGUUCGCAGAAUGGGAGGAGGUCGCUGCCACCGCCGCCACCGCCGCCGAUGGGGUCCCAGCAAUCUCCCCCGCCGCCCCCCCCACCGCCGCCGCCGCCACCUGGCCCGCGGCAGGAGCAGGAGGAGGAGAAUAAUCCAAAGGUGGAGCCUUUGUCCCCGUGGGAGAUGGAGCUGGCGAAAGCCGCCGGGACGUGGGAAGGCCCCGGGGGGGUCGGGGAUGAGAAGGAGCGGUGCCGGCAGUGGUGCAUGAUUGCCAAGGCGUCGCUGCAGGCGGAGGAGAAGGAGCGGGAAAAGGACAAAAGGAGAGGGGAAGGGAAGGCAACUGACCGGCGGGACAGCGAGGCACAAGAAGCUACGCCAGCUGGUGGAUGCGGCUGAGCUGAACUCCUCUUUCUUUCUGGUCCCGGGGCUGAACGACAAACAGGUUUUGCGCGUGCAGCGCCUGGUGUACAAGGUGGAGACAGCCUUCUCAAGCCUUGAAGCCGCGAGGGCGCGUCCGCCUCCCGUGGCAUCGUUUACACAGUCAACCACGUCGUCGUCGAGCUCGCGCUCCGGCCAAUCACGACGCGAAAGCGGCGGCGGCAGCGGCGGCAUCGGCAGCAGCGGGGUUUCCAGCGCCGUGUCGUCCCGUGGGGGCGGCACCGCACCAGCGGGGACGCCCGCGAAGCGCCCCCGGUCUCGAGGGCCCGGGGAUGAUGAGGAUGAUGACGGUGACCUUGACGCUCUGGUCAAUGGAGGCGGGGCGGGUAGCGGUAGAGGGGAAGGGGCGGGAGGGGGAGCGAAAAGAAGCAGGAACAGCAGCACCGAGGCGUUCGUAAGGGCUGUUCGCUCUUGAAAGAGUUUCUGUAGUAGUUGUUCCCAUGCAAUCCGAUGCAUUUUUUUUUUUUGCUAUUUUUAUCAGUUCAACAUGUUGGGUCCAAUCGUGGUUGUUUGUUCCGCCCCCCGCCCGAUCUGAAGCGUUCCUCAUCAUCUCCGUUGUGCUUGUCGGUGAGUUAUCCGCGGUGUCGAGGGGUCGCGACAAGAUAUGAGCAGGGACGUGUCUUCGCUCGUUCCCGUAUUCCAGAGCGGGGCAAGCAGCGGACACUUCGUUUUGUGCACGCCGUGGUUCAUGCACGGUUUGUUGUCGCAACUCCAUGAACGGGAUAUGUGUUGGCCGGGGUAAGGUGGUCAGUGAAGAUCCUCCUUUCGACGACAUGACGCGGGGGCAUACAGAGAGGGUAUGGAGGCUUGCCUAGUACAAAGCGCGGGUGGGAGGGAGACUGGUCGUGGAGCGUGUGUGAGAAGAGUCGCGACUUGAUUUGCCAACGCCAACUACUAGGAACGCAGAAACAAUAGUUUAGGCACGGCCGAGGAUUGAAAAAUUAAAGCGCCAGCACAAGCCAGCAUCCGUUUUGUUGACGGCAGAUGUAAAGGGGGGUGAUGACCGAUGGACCUGAGAGUGUGUAUGUGUGUAUCGUGGGGAGAGCGGGUAAGCAGAGACAGGCGCGAUUGAUCAGCCGCUUUGCGCGGUCGAGGCUAACAAAUAGUAGUUUAGUGUACAUGCGAUGCACACCACGUUGAGAUGCAAACAGCGCGCGACAAUCAGUCAGCUUAUGGAAGCCAGUACCAAUAAUAUAGGGACAUAGCCGACAGCCAACCAACACCGAUCUCGGGA